AUGCUUGAUAAAACGGAAAGUGCUGACUAUUCAGAAGAAACUGCCAUCAGCUUCCCUGCAAAGAAAAGGAAAAAAGAAACUGCAAACAGCAGUUCAUCACAUAAUCCCCUGACCUCACCUGCCUACAGCGGCGGGGACGCAGUGAUGGCAGCAAGGCAGGUGUGGGUGCAGGGGCGGAGCACGGAGUGGUGGGAUAGUUUGAGUGACCCAGCAUGCCCAGAAGCUGACUUCCGGCUGGCCUUCCGCAUGUGUCGCUCCACAUUCAACGACCUAUGUGAUGAGCUCAGCGCCGCUCUCACCAAGGAGGACACCUUGUCGCAAGCCGCCAUCCCCGUGCAUCAGCGUGUCGCCGUCUGCCUCUGGCGCCUCGCCACCGGGGAGCCCCUCCGCGAGGUCUCCAGCCGCUUCAGCCUUGGCAUUUCCACCUGCCACAACAUCGUCCUCCAGGUCUGCGACACCCUCACCUACGUCCUCAUGCCCAAGCUCAUCCGCUGGGAGAUGGACUCCACCGCGGGCGCCGCCUCUAGGUUCCACGCCGUGUCUGGGAUCCCCGGCAUUGUCGGUGCUGUGUGCACCGACCACGUUCCCAUCGGCCCACCCAAGGAUAAUGUCGACGCGUACUACAACCACCGCCUCUCAGUUCUCAACAACAUGGCGUCCUACUCCGUCACCGUGCAGGCCCUUGUGGAUGUUGAUGGCUUCGGCUGGCCGGGUGGGCUGCCCGACGCAGCAGUAUUGAAACGGUCGGCGCUGCAUGCCUGCUUCGAGGCUGGCCAGCUCGGAGACAAGUUCCGACUGGUUGGCGGCGUGAGCUACCCGCUCACGGACUGGAUGAUCGUGCCAUACAAGCAUCAAAACCUGACGUGGGUGCAGCAUUACUUCAACGAGCGGAUCGCUCCCGCGCACGCAGCAGCGCGGGGCGCGUUCCAGAGGCUCAAGGCGCGGUGGCACUGCCUGCAGGGCCGCACCGAGCCCAAGAUGAAGGAACUUCACAACAUGAUCGGUGCCUGCUGUGUGCUGCACAACUUGUGUGAGCGCAACGGCGAGGAGCUCAACGCCGACCUCCAUCCUGAGCCCUCCUGGGAGGAGGACGACGUGGUUGACGCGGCCAAGGAGCGGGACAGAAUAGCGCACGAGCUCCUCUCCAACGGUUAG